GACGCUUGCUCUCAUCGGAUGCAUCUAUGCCGAAGGAGAAAGGUGUCGAGCUGCGUCCUCAACGAGCCUUCGCCGUGCGUCACGGAGACGCGAGUCCUGGUCAUCAACACCGGAGGAACCAUCGGGAUGACAGAGUCGCCUGAGGGUAGCUAUGGCUAACGGGACUCACUGUUACGUUUCUGGUCUACUGAGAUCAGCGUGGUAUUUAGCAGGCACUGGAGUCCGGUUUACCGUUAGCAGGUUGUUGGCUCGUGUCAGUGUGCGCGUGACGCCUGGAGCAAAUCCUGCGUGACAGCAAUCGGCACAUGCAUCCUAAAAUAGUCCCACACAUUAGUUUACCCACUCUGCUGAGGCUUUGUGAUGAGAAGAGUUGAGCAAUAUGAAGCUACCUCGGUGCAAACUUUCUGAAUCCAUAUGUAAAAUGAACCAAUCUUUUCAGCGAUGGAUAGAUCCACCUUUAUUUAGCCUAAUAAUAAUAAUAAGUUGGAUCAGUGUGAUAAGUAAGUCGUUUCCUCCACCUGCACAAGAGACAGCCUAGUAAACUAAAUGGAAGCUUGUAAAUCUUUAAUGAGAACAAUGACAAAUGUGCUAAAAAGGAAAAAAAAAAGAAGAGACAGAGAAGAAAAAAGAAAAGCAAAAGAGAGAGAAGAAAAAAGAGAAACGAAAAAAGAAAAAAGAAGACAGAAUAAGAAAAAGGAAGAACAAUUAGAAAAAGAAAAGAGUAAUGGUGCUACUGUACCUUACUGUACCCUCUCCCCACCCCAACCCCCCAUCACACAGUUGGAUCACAACCUUUGAUUCUUGCAAUGAAUAACCACAUGUUGACAUGAGGUAUUGGGCAAGAUCUGGUGCGUCUAUAGCCAUGCCACAUAAUAUACAAAGUUCCUGCUGGGUUCAGACCUGACUGAAUCAAAACUCCUCCAAAGCAGCUUGUCCCUGUCUGUGUUUUUUUAUUGUUUUAUAGGAAGAGCUUUACUAAGCCAGCACAGUAACCCGUUUUAUGUUACAGUAGCCUUGUUCAGAUAUGAAAUAUCUGAAAUAUGAUAUUAAAUGGUUUAAGAUGACAAUGCCUUAAUGAGAAUAUAAAGGGUCUCUAUCCUGAACAUGUGCAUAUGUUUCGGUGUGUGUGCGAUCUGUCUAAUUUGUUAUGUUUAAAGAUCGCCAUUGGAACUGAGCUAUUAUGGGAAUCGCUUGCCCUCCAUGACUCUACAUGACUCUACUUUGGACUCGUCUUGCCCCAGAGCCCCAUGCCUUUGUGAAGAGCCUGCGUAAACUGGCCAUGUUCCAUGACGAGGAGUAUGCUAAGCAGACCGAAAUCGCUCAGCACUAUGGAUCUAACACCCUGGUCCUGCCGAAGCCAGCUUCCCAUUCUGACCUGCUGUAUCACGGGCUCUCUAAGGAAAAAAAGAGGGUAGUCUACACUAUCUUGGAGUAUGACCCUUUGCUGGACUCUUCUAACAUGACCCCAGAUGACUGGGACAAAAUUGGGAAGGACAUUAAGGAACAGUAUGAAACCUACGACGGCUUUGUGGUCCUUCAUGGCACAGACACUAUGGCCUACACGGCCUCUGCCUUGUCCUUCAUGUGUGAGCACUUGGGCAAACCAGUCAUUCUCACCGGCUCCCAGGUGCCCAUCUAUGAGCUCAGGAACGACGGCAGAGACAACCUGCUGGGCGCGCUGCUAAUUUCUGGCCAGUAUGUCAUCCCCGAGGUUUGCCUGUAUUUCUACAACAAACUCUACAGAGGUAAUCGCACAACCAAGGUGGAUGCCGGGAGUUUCAGCGCAUUCUCCUCUCCUAACUUGGCUCCUCUGGCUACGGCUGAAAUUGAUAUUACAGUCAACUGGAACACAGUGUGGAGGCCAAGCACCACAGCAAAGUUUGAGGUCACCACUAAGGUGAACCGCAACGUGGGCCUGCUCAGGCUGUUCCCGGGAAUCACCGCCUCUACCGUGAAGGCUUUCCUGCAGAAGCCCAUUGAGGGGGUGGUCCUGGAGACCUACGGCAGUGGCAACGCCCCCAAUAACCGUCCCGAUCUGCUGGCUGAGCUGAAGAAGGCCACCGACUCCGGCAUCAUCAUCAUCAACUGCACCCAGUGUCUGAAGGGAACGGUGUCUGCGUCCUACGCCACUGGGACGGUGUUGAUGCAGGCAGGUCUGAUAGCUGGAGGUGACAUGACUCCAGAGGCCUCUCUGUCAAAACUGUCCUACGUGUUGUCCAAGAAAGAACUCAGUUUAGAUGAUAAGAAAAAGAUGAUGGCUCGGAACCUUCGAGGUGAAAUGACUGAAGGACCCAAGCCGUGUCUAACCGACAGCCUCUUCAUUCAGGUCAUUGCCAAGUGUUUGAGCAUCAGCUGUAAGGAGGAGCUGGAAGCCAUUCGUGAAGCCCUGACUCCCCCGCUGGCAUGCGCCGCUGCUAAGAUCGGAGACCUGGAGGCCUUAAAGGCCCUCAAAGACACGGGCGCCAACUUGUGUCUGGGUGACUACGAUGGCCGUACACCGCUACACAUUGCUGCCAGUGAGGACCACCUUCCUGUGGUGCAGUACCUUCUGAGUCUUGGAGCGUCAGUCUACGCCAAAGAUCGUUAUGGGUUCACUCCCCUUAAAAGUGCUGUGCAGUCCAGGAAGAAGGAAGUUGUGAAGCUUCUGAGAAAGACUGGGGCCCACUUCUCCAGGGACGAGCUGGUGGAAGUAGGAACCGAACUGUGCAGCCUGGCAGCCGCUGGGGACGUGGAGGGCCUGGAAGUCUGGAGCCUCGCCGGGGCAGACAUGAAUAAACCAGGCUAUGAUGGAAAUACUGCAAUUCAAGUGGCCCAGGCUAACGGCCAAACGGAUGCGGUGACCCUUUUAACCAAGCUCCUGAACAGUACACAAACGUAUCCGCCAGUUUUCGGCGAAUUUGAUGGCGACGGUGACGAUUGGAGCGACGGAGUGAUCGAGUUCGCCCCGAUGAUGUGAGCUCGACCGACGGGAUCCGUCCUCUUCUUUCCUGCCAAGCCAACCUCGUAGCACUGUACUCUCUUUAAAUAUCUGCACGAGCAUUUUUUUUUCUUAAAGCCACCUAACAUCCAGUUUUCCCAUCCAAUUCUAUUAAUAGCACAGCAAACUGUAUAACCUCUGCUUUGAUUGUAUGAUGCUCAAAAUAUGACAGACGUAUGUAUAUGUUUGAUUAUUAUACACUAGUCUGUGUUUGAGGAAACGUGUCACUGUACUGAAUGUUUUAAUCAGAUGCCCUCAUUGGUGUAUUACUGUUGUUGUUGCCUAAUCAGCAAAUUUAUGGUGAACUUUGUUUUAAAAAAAAAGUUAAAUGACUAAAUGUCACUACUUUAUAAAGUAGUAUUUUCUUCUUCCUUUCUAUGGCAGUAUGUUGAUGAUGUCUGGAAGUACAGGGUACAUUUAGAUGUUAUUUUUGUGCUUAUUUUUAUAGCAAGAGUUGGAAUUUGUAAUGUGAACUUUAAAAA